ACUCGCACAUACAAACAGCCGCACGGGAGCCUUUAAUGACACGGUGUCAGUGGUAGCUUUUUUUUGUUGUUGUUUUGUUUUGUUUAAUGGUGUGCAAACACCGGGGCGCGCGCACGUGCACGCGCGUCCGCACGCCGUACACUGUCUUUAUUCAUUCAUGAGCGGCGUGCGGGACAGAAACCAUAUUUUGCAAACGGAGGGGCAGAGGUGGAUGUGAGCGGAGCAGCGGCGGCGGCGGUGUGGUCGCGGCCGGACAGACCAACCUGUGCCUGGCUCUACCCGGAACCAUUAUGCAGACAGGAAACUACCAUUUUAACGCUAGCAGCAUCGGAGGAGCCGUCGUCUACGGAGGGGGACACCGAAAACUGACAAGGGCGGAAAACAGCCAAGCGUGGAGAAAAGAAGGAAAAGCACGACGGAAACAAAACAAAGGCGCCGUUUGGGUGCAGGCGAGCGGUGAGCCGAUCGAGCAUUAGGACAGUGGCGUCAGACAAUGGACAUAUCGGACCAGGCCAGCGGAAAUAGUUUUUGUUAGCGAGUGAAAAGCAGCCCUCCUGGGCCGAUGGAGAGCCAGGCCUUUCACAGUGUUUUUCCAUGGAUGAAGAAAAAGGCCCCGCUGACAGGCAGUAGGGACCCCGCUCUCACGGCUCACUCCCCUCUCGAUGUUUUCACACUUUUACUCCAGUGUUUAUAAGCUUUUUUUGCACCCGGCCAUCGUAUGCUACAAGACUGUCCACCUGAGGUCACCGGCUCUCGGCGGAGAAACCGACCACUCCCCGCCUCACACACACAGCAGCCGGGAGCUCCAGACCUGCGGAUCAGCCGGCUGUCCAAAGAACUCCAUGGGACAGACGGGGCAGUGAAGCAAUAGUUCAUCCUCCACUGAAGUAACGGACACACUCCACUUCAUGGGACUUGCUGACCUUGUUUUAGAAAUCAGCAUAUGGUUAUGGAACACUUCAGAGAACACUACAGACUGUUUUUUUUUUUUUUUUAGUAUAAUUUAGAUUAUUGCCUAUUUAUGACCCCUUUUCUAAGAUCUCACAGAAGCACUUGAAGGCUUCGCAGAGUAAAAGAGUUAUUAGGAUUACAGUGGCUUGUUGGAAGCUUGGGGUAGAAGUCACACCAAGGACUACCUCUGAAAAUCACAUCUUAUCAGUGUGACAAGGGCUCACUGCUGUUUUCAGCAAUUAUUGUCAUUGCCACAGCUGGAUUGGGAGAUGUUCCAAUUCAGCAAGUACCCCAUGGACAUUUUAGAGAUGCUAAGUGGACACCAAGCCCACCAGUUCAAAGGCCUUGGACUAGAACGACAACUGAGCCACCAACAACAAGUCCAACUGCAGCAUCAGCAGCAGCUCCAGCAGCAGCACCAGCCCUCCGGCGACACCUCUGGAAGCCUCUUGUCCGGCCUCGGACUGGGAUCCCUCCAGAGUUCUCGGAGUAAUGCCUUUGCCGACUCCUCAUCGUUAUUCGCCAAAAUGAGUGCCCCUCCCCCACCCAUCUCCCACCAGAGCCAAUCGUCCUCUUCGUCUCACAGCUCCAGGAAGUCCAGUAAGAUGAGCAGCAGUAGCAGCAGCGGUAGCGGGAGCUCCUCGUCGGGCUACCCCCAGUUUCUGCGGCCUUUUCACCCGGCCGAGGCUGCGCUGGCUCAGGAGCAACUCCACACCGGGAUGGGACGUUUUGACUUUGGCGGGAGCAGCAGUGGAGGAAGUGCAGGGGUCAUCGGCGGGGUCGUCACACCUGCGCCUCCGCCUCCCCCGCUGCAUCCAGGUCUCUCUGUCCCCCAGCCUUCCCCUGGCCCCCCCUCUUCUUCACCCUCUCCCUCCACCUCUUCUUCAGCCUCCAACAAUCCCUCUGGCAGCACUGCAGUCCCCUUAGUCGGCCAGUCCGACCCCCGCAGCCUCCACCAGCAGUUCAGCUGCAUGCUCGCUGCCAACCAGUACUUCCUGUCUGGCGUCCCCACCAACAGCAGCCUGGAGCAGUUCCUUGUCCAGCAAGGCACUCACAACCACUUGGGCCUGGGUCUGGGCCAAGGAGCCGCUGAUUCAAACUCGGCCCUGGCCCCUCCCCCUGCCCUGCACUCCUCCCACAGCCACAGCCACACAGCUCCUCAGCCUCAGCAGCAGCAGCAACAGCUGACCCCUCAUGCCUUAUCUCAUCCACACAGCCACACUCACCACCCGCACCCUCUCCACCCGGCCCCCCAGCCUGCCCCACUGGGUGGCUUUGAUUUCCAAAGCAUUCCAGUCCUUUCCUCUAACCAAAUAGCAUCACUAAUGCAGCAAGAGGCCGGCCUUCCCCUCCCCCUCCCCCUGCACCUGUCCCUGUCUAAAGACGACACAGGAAAGACGGGAGACAGCACGUCUUCAUCAACUUCAAGUGGAGGAAGCAGGAGAAAGAAAGCAAUGGCGGGCUACCUGCCGCAGAGGAAAGCAGACAGUAGUGGCCACAGUCACAGCAGCCACAGCCACAGCAGCAGCAGUGUUAGUAACUGCCAUAACAGCAGCUCAAGUGGGCACAGUCAGAGCUCCUCAUCAGGCCUGGUGGGAGGAGGUUCUGGGAUAAGUGGCAUCGGAAGUGAGCCUCAACAUUCCUCUCUCCUCUCGUCGUCAUCGCAGCAGUCAUCCUCCACCGUCUCCUCCUCUUCGUCGGCCCCCCCUUCCUCUAAUUCCACCUCUGUCCUUGUAGCCAAUGGCAACCAACAGUUGUCCAAAUCUCAAGAAAGCCACAGUAAUAGUUCAACUGGCCAGCCCGAACCAGAGCCUCUUUACCACUGUGGUGAAUGUGGUAAAACCUUCACCCACCUCUCCAGCCUUCGAAGGCAUCUCCGCAGCCACGGCUUGACACCAGAAAGCCAAAGCAGGAAGUCGGACUGCAACUCCCCCAGCCCAGAGAGGAUAUUCUGCUGUGGUGAGUGUGGGAAGAGAUUUAAAAAGAGAGGGCACCUCAUUCAGCAUAGCGUGACACACUCAGAAAACCGGCCUUUUGUCUGCAACAUCUGCCAAAAGUCCUUCAACCGCCGAGAGUCGCUUACAAGACACGAGAAGAUUCAUGACGAGAAGCCUUUCCGCUGCCCAGCUUGCGGCCGUUGCUUCCGUGAGAGCACCUCCCUUCUCAAUCAUGCUGCUUCAGGUGCCUGUGGCAAACCUCCUCGGAGUUCAAAAAAUCGGACCAGCUCAGGAAGGAGCGGAUCAUCGAACGCGAGCAGCAGUAAAAUGGGAAGCAGUGGAGACAGGGUAGGAAUUUCAAAUGAUGGGGCAGCAAUGGCUAAUGACAAGUAUGCAACAGAUUAUUCCAGAAAUCGUUACCAGAACCAGUCGUCCUACAGCAGUGGGGUUGAUGACUACAGACGACCACAGUCCUCAUCUCUGUACACCUCAGAGAGCACGCUAGCCAGUGAAAUGACGAGCCAAACCCUCCGCAAGGCCCCUUUAGCUCCAACUCUACAUCCCCACCCUCAGAGCCAGCAACAUCACCACCACCACCAACCGCAGCAGCAGCAGCAGCAGCAACAGCCACAACAGCAACCACAACAACAACAACAACAACAACAACAACAACAACAGCCCCACCUCCCCCUUUCCUCCCUAUUGGAUGAUUCGGAGGAUGAGGUCACCAGCAGUGCGAUGUCGGCCAUCGCUGCUGCAGCCGCAGCCUCCUGUGAUAUAAACACAGAAAGCCGGGAAGGAGAGAGGAGGGAUAUCAUCGGAGGCCUGCUGGGGGGGCUGGGGUUUAACAUGGGCGGCCCUUCAUCCACAUCCGGUCUCAACGGUUCCACCAUGCCUUUGACCCACCCGAGCCACCUCCACACGAAGCCCAGGAGGCCGAGGAAGCCCAGAGAGAAAAGGGACCCGAGCACCAUAGUCCGGAGAAGGAGGAGCCCCGCUCCUCCAGGAGACGGGUCAGAAAGGCCGUACUGCUGUCAGCUUUGUGGCAAACGCUUCAGAAGGGCAGAGACCCUGCGGCGGCACAACCGCGUCCACACGGGGGAGAAGCCUCACGCCUGCGACGUCUGUGGCAAAAUGUUUCGGGAGCCUUUCCACCUCACCAAGCAUCUGACCGUGCACUCCGGUCAAAAGAACUACAAAUGCAAUCUGUGUGGGAAGAUGUUUGCCUAUGCACAGAGCCUAGUGAGACAUGGGAAGCUGCACAGGAGGGGGGAGAUAGACAACCAGGGGAGGAGGAUAAAGGGUGCUGCUGCUGCUGCCGCCAUCAGUCAGGUCACCAACUCGGGAAACUCUGAUUACUUCUCUUCCUGCUCCCAAGGAGAAAAGUCUCCGACGCAUGGCACCCCCUCCCAGAGGCUUUAUACCUGCACAGUGUGCUGGAAAUCUUUCCGCCACUAUUUCCACCUGACGGCACAUCAGCAGACUGUUCACGGUGGCGGAGUAGGCCUGGAAAAGUCCUUUCGAUGUGAAGUGUGCGGCAAAGCCUUUGCCUACUCCAACAGUUUAGUACGUCACAAGCUGUCGCAGCAUGGCAUCGACCGCAACGGCCAGCGUGUCAGCCAGUCCCAGCCCUCCGGGUACUCGCCGCUCUUCUAUGAUUCUGGAUCAGGGUCAAACUAUGCCGGGUCGUCUCACAUGCAUCACGGGACCACUGGGCAGCAACAGCAGCAGCAACAGCAACAACAGCAGCAGCAGCAGCAACAACAGCAACAGCAACAACAACAGCAACAGCUGCAACACCCUUUUCACUACCGCUCAAAAAACUUCCAAAAGCGACAUGGACUGACAAGAAAGCACCGAAAGAAAAAAAGGCGAGUGGUGAUCCACAGCAUCAUGAGAGACGGGAAGCUGGUGGGCGUUCCUCUGAGUAAAGACACCCGCAAGAAGCUGCUGAUUCUGAGGAAAAAGAGGGGCAAACUACAAGCACAGCUCAACAAGAAAAAGAUGCUGGCCCAGCUGAGGAUAAAGGGCGGAGUGAUGAGAGUCAAGUCGUGGUGCGGAGGUGCAGUCAGAGUCUCUGGGCUCACCUCGGUGGACGUCCCCAUCAAGCGAUUCCCCUGCCCUAUCUGUCCCAGCACCACAUACGCCAAGCAAGGUUCUCUGCUGGUCCACUACGCCAUCAGACACCCACCCAGAAACUCAGGCCGUCACGCCCGUCUGCGGUGCCAGGUGUGUGGAAGACGCACCAGCUCACUACGCAAAGCCUUGAAACACAGGGGCCAGCAUCUGAAACAGGCCGCGUUCCAGUGCCGCAAAUGUCGACACCGUUUCUGGAACCCCAGGCUCCUGGCCCGCCACAGGUUCUCCUGUCGGGGAACGACCGCUGGCAUUGUGGGCGGACACUGGGGACUGAUGAAGCAGUCACAUGACCAGUCAGAUAGUGACCAUUCGCCAGUCCAGCUAACGGUCAGUCCAGUUCUGGUCCAGCCUGAGAGAUCAACAGUUCUGACUGAGUACAGUCAGUAAAAAUAAUAAUAAAAAAAAAUAAAAAAUAAAAAAACAGUUUUCUAGACUAGAUUGUUUUUAUGUUUAUUUUUUUUAAAUAAUCCGAGAAGCAAGCGAGAGCUAGCAAGUUUUUAACAAAAAAAAGACGGGAGAAUGCGGAGGGUUUAGUGUAACUACUUUAAUACCCCCUGACGCCUCCCAGUCCCAACAGCCGAGGUGGUCGAUAAAUUAGUGUGGACUUCAGAAGGCCCGACAUCUGAACCAGCCUCCGUGUGUCCCCCUUCCCCUAAGGUGAAGGAGCCACGUGACAGUUAUAGUAGCACCUGUUUGACAAAUCCAUUAAUCCAGCGUCUUUUCCAUCACCGUUUUUCUUUUAAAUGUUCCCUUUCUAACAGCGUUUCUGCAUACAUUGGAUUGGACGCCUGUUGUAGAAGUGAGGUACCUUGUAGUACCGCUUUAUUUUUUCAGAUGGUUUUCACAUUAUUCACAGUUAAAAGUAUAGUCCGUGUCUCUUGUUCUCUAUGUGUUCAUUUGUUACCCUCGUGGAGAAUCUCUCACUUUUUGUUUUUUGUAACGAGAUGCGCAUCUGCCCUCAAGAUAAAUUAAUCUUACAAGUAAAUCUGUACCUGGCAGUCUAAGAGUUUUUUUCCUACAUCAGUAAAGGAUCCUAUGCGUCACAAAAGGGCCGUACCAGCUGUGGGCUAAGGUGACUAAAAAGGAAAAAAAAAACUUUAAAUAAAGGAGGACAAAACAAAAUGGUUGUGGUCAUGUUUUUAAAUGUACACUACUUUUGUCUUUGUUUAAGGAGGCGUGGACGGAGAGCGAGGACGACUCAAACUGUUAAUGUGUUCAGGAUUUGAAAAGGACAACAGAAAUAACCGGAGUGUACUGUACAAUUCGUAUUAUAUUUUAUUAUAUAUUGAUUAUUUGCUGUUUUUUACUCCAAGUAUCAUUUCUUUUAUUAUUGUUGGUAUUAUAUGGGUGGGAGGGAACGAGUUGGGGACUAUCUUUGUAAAACAGCGGGAUGAAUAUAUGUAUCAAUGUGAUAUUUCCCCCCCUCCCUGUGCCCCUUUGAACCCAAUCCCUCGAUGCCACAGUUAUGCCCAAUUUUUGUAACAAAAGCGUGUACACAUAGUUCAUUACUUAGGUUCUGUCCAGACGUGUUUUUUCUUUUUUUUCUGUAAAACUAAAACAUGUAAUAUUAUUACUAAAUUACUAUCCUUUUUCUUUGCCUAAAAGUGAGUUGUUGAAAACCCUCAAAUCAAAUAAAAAAAGUCUGAAACUUUA